GUCUUGCAUGCCGUGUUCUUGUUGCCGCGAGAGGAGAAGAUCACCACCCCGCGGCGGCGCGCGGGGGUCGGCACGAGGGUGCUCGUCCACUCUCGCGUCGAUCCGGCGGUCGAUUUGAUGGGGUUGCUGAGCUCAUGCGGCUGCGCGUGCUGCUGCUCCUGGGUGCGCGGCGUGGGCUGCGCCAGCUGCUGCUCGUGGAUCCGCGCCGUAUGCGGCGGCGGGGCGUCGACGUCGGCGACGCGGGAGGCGGCGGCGGCGUCGUCGUCGUCGUCGUCCCAGGAGACGGCAGCGUCGGAGGCGAAGAAGAAGAAGAAGCGGAAGUGGGUGCGCGGCGUCUGCGGCAAGGCCUCGCGUGAGGCCGAGGAGCCGCUGACGCUGGAGACGAUGAAGAAGAGGAAGAGCACGGCGACCAGCCAGGAGCUGGACAAGAACAAGUGGGGAACCAAGAAGAUUUGGAGGAAGAAGAAGGGCAAGAGCGAGCCCAGCGGCCUGGCCAGCCUCGUCAAAGAAAUCUCGCUCUCAAACAGCCCCAAGCACCGGGCAGCGGCAGGGGAGAUACUACGGAUCGGCAACCACAACAUUCCCAGCAGAAUAUUCACGUUCCGUCAGCUGGCCGACGCCACCAAUUCUUUCGGCCCGGAGAAUCUGCUGGGCGAAGGUGGCUUCGGGAGAGUCUACAGAGGAUUCAUCCCAGAGACCAAGGAAGUCAUAGCGGUGAAGCAGCUCGACAAGGACGGGUUGCAGGGCAACCGCGAGUUCCUCGUCGAGGUGCUGAUGCUUAGCCUUCUCCAUCACCCCAACCUCGUCACCUUGCUCGGGUACAGCACCGAGUGCGACCAGAGGAUCCUGGUCUACGAGUACAUGCCACUCGGCUCGCUGCAAGAUCAUCUCCUAGAUCUGACGCCGAACUCGCAGCCACUGUCAUGGCACACGCGGAUGAAGAUCGCGGUGGGCGCGGCGAGAGGGAUCGAGUACCUGCACGAGAUAGCGAACCCGCCGGUGAUCUACCGCGACCUCAAGGCGUCCAACAUCCUCCUCGACGGCGGCUUCAACGCGAAGCUGUCGGACUUCGGGCUGGCGAAGCUGGGCCCCGUCGGCGACAAGAGCCACGUCACCACCAGGGUGAUGGGCACGUACGGCUACUGCGCGCCCGAGUACGCCAUGUCCGGGAAGCUCACCAAGAUGUCGGACAUCUACAGCUUCGGCGUCGUCCUCCUCGAGCUCAUCACCGGCCGGCGAGCCAUCGACACCACCAAGCCGACUCGCGAGCAGAUCCUUGUUCAGUGGGCAGCGCCGCUGUUCAGGGACAAGAAGAAGUUCGUGAAGAUGGCCGAUCCACUCCUGGACAGGAAGUUCCCGCUGAAAGGGCUGUACCAGGCGCUGGCGAUCUCGUCGAUGUGCUUGCAGGAAGAGGCGAGCAGCCGGCCGCUGAUCAGCGACAUGGUGACGGCGCUCACGUUUCUAGCCGACCCAAACUACGACCCUCCGGAUGACGUCGAGCCUCUGCCGAUCACAGCCCCGAAUUUAGACCCAGAAAAUAGCCAGAACGAAGCCGGAGGAGGCGACGACGAAGAAGGAGAAGAUGACGACGACGACGACGACGAGGAAGAGCAGGAGCAGAGGAAAGGGGAAGAGAAGGUAGCUGGAAUGGCCUCAGUGGGGAGCGAGGAGCAUGCAGAUGAUUAAUCAACCAUGGUUAGAUGUGGUUAGAGCUGAAGAAUUAAACUAUCACCCACUCUGUUUUACUGAUGUAUAGCACGUAUAGGAAAGGAUGUAACAACAGGUUCUGUUCUUUAAUGAGACUGACUUGUGUUCUUUGAUUAGGCGUACAUGUCCACUAAAUUUUCAGUUCUAAUAUUUGUCAGACAUCUUCUUUUCACUUUUUAUCUGAAGUUCUGCACGGUGUGCAGAUCAAAUUUGUACGGAAUAUGCUGGAUUAGAUUUGGAUCGCUACCAAUAGCAGCGGUCCAAAUCCAACCCAGUAGAAUAACGGGAACAAAGUAGCAUCAUAGCCCAAAAUGUGCCGACG